CUGACGUUGUUGUUCUUGCUUUGAACCUAGUUCUAACUACUCCCCAAACAAGCCUGGUGGCUGUCAGAUGUGCUUCGAAGAAAUCUGGGGGCAGCUCAAAAAAUUUAGGUGGCCGCAGCCCUGGGAAGCGCUACGGAUUCAAAAAAGUAGAAGGUGCAUUUGUGCAUGCAGGCAACACUUUGGCUACGCAGCGGUUGAUACGCUGGCAUCCAGGGGCUCACGUGGGGAUGGGCCGUAACAAUACACUCUACGCCCUGGAGGAUGGGAUUGUGAGAUACACCAAAGAGGUCUACAUACCUCUGCCCCGCAGCAGCGAGAGCAGGGAAGUGAUCUGUUGUCUACCGAAAGGAGCGAUUCUUUAUAAAACCUUUAUCAAUGUUGUCCCUACCACAGAAGUAGGAAGCUUUAAACUGGUCACCAUGCUCUGAGCCUCCUGCAUCACGUAGGGAUGGAUGGGAAG